AUGCUAUCUUAUACAGUUAAAAUUGAAUCAGUUGUAGAUGGAGACUUCAUUGUGUAUCUACUCAAUUUGCCUAACCUCUCAAAGAUUUUUUUUCUUUCUUUCAAGCAUCUGGAAUAUUACUUUAGAAUUUCUCCAAAUAGGCUUAAAUUGAAGAAGCCUACAAUUUUCAAGAAAAUCCUUCCUUCCUUCCCUCCCCUCCUUCCCCUCCUUCCCUUCCUCCCUCCCUCCUUCCUUCCUUCCUCCUCCUUCCUUCCUCCCCUCCUUCCUCCUCCCUCCUUCCUUCCCUCCUUCCUUCCUUCCCCUUCCUCCCUCCUUCCUUCCUUCCUCCCUCCCUCCCUCCCUCCUUCCUUCCCUCCCUCCUUCCUUCCCUCCCUCCUUCCUCCCUCCUUCCUUCCCUCCCUCCUUCCUUCCCUCCAUCCUUCCCUCCAUCCCCUCCCUCCCUCCCCUUUUCCUUCCCUCCCCCUUCCUCCCUCCUUCCUCCCCUCCUUCCUUCCUCCCUCCUCCUUCCUUUUCCCUCCUUUUCCUUCCCUUUUUCCCUCCCUCCUUCCCUUCCCUUCCUUUUCCUUCCCUUCCCUUCCUCCCUUCCUUUUCCUUCCUCCUUCCUUUUCCCUUCCUUCCUUCCCUCCUCCUUCCUUUUCCUUCCUUCCCUUCUUCCUUCCUCCUUCCCUUCCUUCCUUUUUCUUCCUUCCCUCCUUCCUCCUUCCUUUUCCUUCCCUUCCCUCCUCCUUUCCUUUUUCCUUUUCCCUUCCUCCUCCUUCCUUUUCCUUCCUUUCCUUCCUUUUCCUUCCUUCAGAUUUACAUGAAUUAGAUGCACCACCUUCAAAACACCUAGAAAUGAAUGGGGACAUGGAAACUGUGGAACUGUCUGAUGAAACAGUUAAUCCAGGUCAACAUAAAGUUGGACCUCAAGAUUUCCAGCUGUUGCGAGUCCUUGGCAAAGGAGGUUAUGGAAAGGUGUUUCAAGUUCGAAAAGUAUCAGGAGAUGACAAAGGACAGAUCUUUGCAAUGAAAGUAUUGAAAAAGGUGACUUUUUUUAUUUUCUGGUAUCAUACUUAG